AUGUUGCAGAGAGCUGCAAGCAAUGCAUAUUCAUGGUGGUGGGCAAGCCAUAUCAGGACAAAGCAAUCAAAAUGGCUUGAGCAAAGUCUUCAAGAUAUGGAAGAGAAGGUGCAGCAUGUGAUUAAGCUUAUUGAAGAGGAUGGAGACUCCUUUGCCAAAAGGGCAGAAAUGUAUUACAAGAAGAGGCCAGAACUCUUACAUUUUGUAGAAGAAUCUUAUCGUGCUUUUCGAGCCUUAGCAGAACGUUACGACCACUUAUCGAAUGACUUGCAAAAGGCCAAUCAUACAAUUGCCACUGUUUUCCCAGAGCAAGUGCAAUUUGCGAUGGAUGAAGAAGAUGAAUGUAGUGGUGCCUUAAAAAUUCCGAAGAAUUCUCAAGUUCCACCAGUCGAUACUGCAAUCAUUCCGAAAGUUCCAAAGGCCCCCAGUAAAGAUUUGAAAGGUCUUAUGACAUCAGCUUCCAAAAAAUUUCCAGCCAAGAAAUCGUUGAAAACUGAAAAUACUCCUAAAAAUGUUGUAAAAUCUGGUUUGAACAAGAGUGAAGCUCUUGAAGAGAUUGACAAGCUUCAAAAAGAGAUUCUAGCACUGCAAACUGUUAAAGAGUUUGUAAAGAGUUCUUACGAAAUUGGGCUUGAAAAGUACUGGGGGAUCGAGAACCAGAUCGGGGAAAUGCAGCAAAAAGUGUGUACUUUGCAGGAUGAAUUUGGUGUUGAUACAGUUAUUGAGGAUGAUGAGGCUCGGACUUUGAUGGCUAAAGCAGCAUUAAAAUCCUGCCAAGAAGCCUUGGUCCAGUUGCAGGAGAAGAAAGAAAGAUCGGCCCGAGAUGCAAAAGAUGAAUUCGAGAAGAUGGAAGAUAUCCGUCAGAGAAUGGAGUCCCUCAGGCACGAGUACCUUCGUGAUGAAGGUGGCUUAGAGAAGCCGACUGAAAAUGAUAAGACUGCAAACUCCGGAGAUGAAUCCAAAAGCUCGACUAAAGAUGUGGAUGACACGAUACAAGAGAGACAAGAAACUGACAUCAUGGUCAAGAAAAUGAACCAAGACAUGGUGGGAUCGAUGGAAUCUCUUUCAGUGACAGAAUUGGUAGAGAAGAUUGACGAGCUUGCUAGUAAGGUGAUCAACUUAGAAACAGAGGUGUCAUCUCAGACUGUUCUUAUAAACACGUUAAGAACAGAAGUCGAUGAUCUGCAGGCACAGAUUCAGAAUUUGGAAGAUGAAAAGGAGACUGGGAUUGAUGGAACGUGUAAUUUGACCAGAAGGGUGAAAGAAAUGGAUGACAAAUUUCACAUGAUUCAAGAUCUAAACAAAAAAGUGGAAAAACAGAACAGCAAUCUGGCAACGAACUUUGUCGAAGCUCAUUCUAGUCUUGAUCAUCUGUCUGAGAAACUGACCAGUUUAAAGUUAGAUGAAGAGAUUGAGGUUACCAAUUUAUUACAAGAUGAAAACCUAAAAACGAUGAAAACAGAAAACACAAAGGAUGUUAGAGAAGAAGACAUAAAUGAGCAGUGUGUGGAGGAAUCUGUUCGUAACAAACAAGGAGAAGGGAAAGAUGACAACCUCAAUAUAAUGAAAACAGAAAACACAGAGAAUGUAAGAGAAGAGGAUACAACAGAUCAGAGUCGGGAGGAAUCUGUUUGUAACCAACAAGGAGAAGGUAAAGAAACCACUAAAGAAUCCAUCAUUCUUUUGGACUCAAAACCACUCGAGCAAGUUUCUGUGGAAUGUUCAAACGAAAAGGAGAAUGAUCUUAACGCUGAACCGGAAAAAGAAACAGGGAAAGAAGACGAGCUAGACUGGCAACAGAAGCUAUUGAAUGGAAUGGAGGAUAGAGAGAAGAUUCUUCUGACAGAAUAUACGACGAUUCUCAGGAAUUAUAAGGAUGUCAAGAGGAAACUUAGUGACAUGGAGAAGAAAGACUUGGAGUGCCAAUCGGAAACGGCAUUGCACGAACGAGAACUAAGGGAUACUAUUGCAAAGAGAGACGAAGAGAUUCAACAUUUACUCCAAAAGUUGAACCAUCUACAAGGAACAUUUAAUGAAAACGGGGAUUUGAACACUUCAGAAGAUCGAGUCGUUAAAUCGGAAGCACAAACCAAGGUUUUGGAAGUGUAUGAAGAUCUUAUCAGUGCAAAAGAAGACGAUAUCAAGUUUAUUUUAAUUGAUCAAGCUCCAGCCAUUUCAGUGGUGGAGGAAAAGCUCAGGAUGGAUAUUGAUGCAAUACUCGACGAGAAUUUGGAUUUCUGGUUACGAUUCAGCACUUCAUUUCAUCUGAUACAGAAAUUCCAGGCUGAAGUUCAAGAUUUAAACAAUGAGAUAUCAAAAAUAAAAGAGAAAAAGAGAUUUGCGGGGAGUAUUUCAACAGAGAUAAAAUCCGAGGUCCGGCCAAUAUACAAGCACCUAAGAGAGAUUCAGACAGAACUUACAAUGUGGUUGGAACAAAGUGUGUCAUUGAACGAGGAACUAAAGCGACGACUUGAAUCAUUAUGCAACAUUCAGGAACAAAUCACUAUAGCUUUGAAGGAGGGAGUCGAAGAAGAUGAAAUCAAAUUUAGCAGUCAUCAAGCUGCAAAGUUCCAAGGUGAAGUUGUGAACAUGAAACAAGAAAACAAUAAAGUUAGCGAAGAAUUACAAGCAGGUUUAGAUCAUGUAAAUGCACUUCAACAGGAAAUUGAAAAGACUCUAAGAAAGUUGAACGAGGAGUUUGAAGUUCCGGGCGAUCAGGCGCAACCACAGUUAAGUCAUUUAGAGAGUCGGGCUCGAAUUCCUUUGAGGUCAUUUAUUUUUGGAAAUAAACAAAAGAAGCAGAAGCAUUCUAAAUUCUCCUCUAUGCUACUUAACAGAAGAUAUCAUGUACCCAGAGAUGGUGAACCUCUGUAA